AGUUUGCAUUGGAUAUAUGUAUUGAAUACGUGCUCUUUUUUUUUUUCUUCUUUAUCCUGGUUUCCUUCAAUCGCUUGACUGUUGGUUGAACAAAUAAUCCCCUCUGACCAGAUUGACCUCCAGUCUGGAUUAUGGAACUAUGAGCAACACUCUUUAAAAAUCAUAAUAUGAGGCUUAAAGUUUUCUAAAUGAAGCAAGCUAUACAAUGCACUAUGGAGACCAAGCGCUGCAACUUCUGGCUUCCCAACAAAAACAGAUGUUGUGCAAACAUCCCUCUUGAAGGUUCCUUAUUCUGUGGCAAUCACAACUCAAGGCCCCAAGGCCAGUGGAUUCCAUGUCCUAUAGAUCCAUCCCACUCAGUGCUAGAACAAAAUCUCAAUGGGCAUGUUAAGCGGUGCCCAUUGCUGAAACAGAUUCAAUCCUUGUCCCUCCAACCUUUCUAUCGAAAAGGAAUCAAUGCUGGUUGUGAUGAAGAAGAGGAAACAUGUGGGAUUGAUGAUUCAAGAUUGCUCACUAUGACAGUUUCCUCAGAAAUGAAGAGGAAUGCUCUUCAUAAAUUGAGUGUGCUUGAAUUUUGCAAUUUGAUUGAAAAGAUAGAAUCUCUUCAUGAGUCAUUGUGUAAGGAUAUUCAGGACUCAAGUCAGAUGCCUGAGGUUUGCAGCCUUUGGAUUAAAAGCAGAGUUGAAGAGAGGAAAAUUCCAUUUCAAGAGAAACAUAUAGUGCAGCAGGCAUCUAUUCUGGGAAAUUUGGAAAAAUUUGGUGUCCUGAAGAAUACUCUUGAAAGGAAACCAGUGGAGGGGAAGGAGGGUGUCCCUGCAGUGAUUGAGUUUGGAGCUGGUAGAGGGUAUUUGACACAAAUGCUUGCAGAUUGUUAUGGAAUUGAAAGAGUCUUUCUAGUUGAGCGAAAGUCAUACAAGUUGAAGGCCGAUCGAUCCUUGCGACAGAAUGAGAGCUUAAUGUUAGAGCGUUUGAGAAUUGACAUUGAGGAUUUAGAUUUGAAUGCGGUUGAGUCUUUGCAAGGAGUUCCAUUUCUGGCAAUCGGUAAACAUCUAUGUGGAGCUGCAACAGACUUGACUUUGAGAUGCUGCUUUCCUGAACAUAGAAAAGAUAGCAGUGAGCAGUACACUGCUAAUAAGUUUGGAGGUUUAGCUAUAGCUACAUGUUGUCACCAUCUUUGCCAGUGGAGCCACUACACAAAUAAAAGGUUUUUUCUGGAUUUGGGGUUGACCAAGGAAGAAUUUAAUGCCAUUACAUGGUUUACCAGCUGGGCGGUAGAUGCUACUCACGAUUCAGAUCUUCCUGAUACUACCAACUGCAGAUCACAUUUGCAGUCAAUAAAGGAGCAAGGUGUUGCAUAUGCAAAUGGAGUCGAAAAAAUUAUCGCAGACAUGGAAGCAGAUAAACGAGCUGCAGUUGGAUUUAAGUGCAAGUGGAUUAUCGACAUGGGGAGGUUGAUGUGGUUAAGAAAAUAUGGAUUAGAGGCAAAGCUUGUAAGAUAUGUUCCACCUAGUAUUUCUCCGGAAAAUCAUUUGCUAAUAGCUAGACCUUCAAAUUGAUCAUAAAAUAUUUAGUUAUUUCCCUUCUUUUGCUGCUUUUAUCCCUGACAAUAACAUCCUAGAUUUCUUGUUAGUUGUUUGGUUGAUACCUUCUAUAUUCUUUUCGAUUUAGUAAAAAUGAAAU